AUGACGGUAUUCCCCACGCGUCCCUCGGUCACUCUUCCACAAGGCCAGGUAGUGGGAAUUGAGCUCAACAAGUCAUUCCCGCAAAUCAUCGAUGCCUUUCUAGGUGUCCAAUAUGCCCUGCCACCUGUUGGGGAAAGACGAUUCAGACCUGCAGCCAAAGUCCCCAACUCAAUAGACACCAUCGAUGCCUCCAAGUUUGGCCCCGCAGCUCCUGGGAAAGCUCUGCUGUCUGCCGGGCCGAAACUCGAGCAAAGCGAGGACUGCUUAACUGCAAACAUCUUUCGGCCAUCUGGAACCACGGAUAACGAAAAGCUGCCGGUGGCAAUCUACCUGCAUGGGGGUGCUUUCAAUCGCGGAGCCGCUGCAAUGCACGACACCGCAUCUAUGGUGGCUUGGUCCGAGGCGCCUUUCGUGGCUGUCAGCUUCGGGUAUCGCAUAGGAGCACUUGGAUUCCUGCCCUCCAGCCUGAGUAAGAAGGAGGGUGUGCUGAAUCUGGGACUGCGUGACCAGGUGCAUCUGUUUCAGUGGGUACAAGAGAACAUCGACAAAUUCGGUGGCGAUCCUGGAAAUGUCACCUUGUUUGGGCUGUCUGCCGGAGCACACUCGAUCGGCCACCAUCUUCUCAGCUAUGACGAACAAAAGCCUUACUUGUUUCAUCGCGUUAUCUUGGAGUCUGGUGCGGCUACAUCCCGGGCCGUACGUCCCUACGAUGCAAAAGUCCACGAGCAACAAUUUGCAGACUUCCUCAAAGAGGUCGGGUGCCCGAAGGAUCUGCCGGGGUCUGAGAUAUUCUCCUUUCUGCGGUCACUGCCAAGCUCAACCGUCACCAAAGCGCAAACUGCCGUGUUCGACAAGUAUAACCCAUCGCUUCGAUGGGCGUUCCAGCCAGUGAUCGACGGCGAUAUCAUUACCCGCAAGCCACUUGACGCAUGGAACUCCCAGAUGUGGAAUAAAGUGCCCAUCAUGACGGGCUUCAACACCAACGAGGGCACGUUUUACGUCGACAAGAAGAUGUCGGAUCCAUCUCAAUUCCGCGCAUUCUGGCAUAGUCUUCUCCCCGAGCUAUCAUCUUCAGACCUAGACACGAUCGAGAAACUUUACCCUGACCCGAGUACCGAUUCUUCGUCGCCAUACAUCGACACCCGGAAGGGACACGGCCUCGGAUCCCAGUAUAAGCGUAUCGAGGCUGCUUAUGCCCACUAUGCCUAUGUGGCCCCCGUCCGUCAGACGGCACAAUUUGCGUCAUCGCAGGGAGUACCUGUCUAUCUAUACCAUUGGGCAUUGCCACGAACCGUCGUGGGUCGCGCGAACCAUGGUGAUAAUAUGUACUACGAGACCUACACCAGCACCAUCACCGGGCUCUCGGAUUCACAGAAAGAGCUCUCUGGUACCCUCCAUGCGUACCUUACAAGCUUUAUUACUACGGGUGAUCCCAACGCUUUGCCGGGCCGAUAUGCUCAAAGGCCGCAGUGGAGACCCUACAAGCCAGAUGUUGCAAAGGUCCUGAUAUUCGGAGAAGACAAUGAGGAAUUAAUUGGAGGCGCGGUGGGUCCUGCUGCAAAAUUCGCGGACGAUGACUGGGCCCGCGAGGAAACGGAGUUCUGGUGGUCGAAGGUUGAGAUUUCGCAGCUUGCUUGA